AUGAGUUGCCAAAGCUUGUGUGGUCUGUUCCAUAAAGCAAAGCCAUAUUUGGGUGUGGUACUGUUGCAGUUUGGGAUUGCAGGGCUGGAUACCAUUGUCAAGAUAGCUAUGGAUCAGGGGAUGAGCCAUUACUCCCUUGUUGUCUACCGUCAUGCCAUUGCAGCUGCUCUCAUCUUCCCCUUUGCUAUCAUCUUAGAGAGGAAGGUGAGGCCGCGGAUGACACUAUCCAUCUUCAUCAAGAUCAUAUUUCUCGGAUUGUUAGAACCAGUACUUGACCAGAACAUAUACUUUGCUGGAAUGCAGUAUACCACAGUCACAUUCACCACAGCCAUGACCAAUAUGAUUCCAGCCUUGACCUUUGUAAUGGCUUUCCUACUUAAGAUGGAGAAAGUGAAUCUUAGAAAAUCAAGAAGCAUAGCUAAGGUGGCUGGAACUAUAGUCACACUUGGGGGAGCAAUGCUAAUGACCUUUAUUCAAGGUCCCUCCAUAGAAUUGCCAUGGACCAAAGGAGGAGCAGGAACCCAAUUAGCUAUAACAGAAGCUAGUAUCAAUCAACAACCUCUUAAAGGAGCUCUUAUGAUCACAGCAGGCUGCAUCUGUGCUGCUGGAUUUAUCAUUCUCCAGGCAAUCACAUUAAAGUCAUAUCCAGCUGAGCUCUCUCUUACUGUUUGGAUAUGUUUGAUGGGCACGAUCCAGGGCGCCUUGGUUGCGCUUGCAUUUGAACACGGCAACACUUCUAUCUGGUCUCUUCAAAGGGACAUGAAACUUGUGGCUGUCCUCUACAGUGGAAUAGUGUCUUCUGGGAUAGCUUAUUCUCUUCAAGGACUGAUAAUGAGGGCAAAAGGACCAGUUUUUAUCACAUCUUUUAAUCCCCUAAGCAUGGUUAUUGUUGCUGUACUCAGUACUUUCAUUUUAGGAGAAGUGCUAACUGUAGGACGCAUAGUUGGGGCAAUAGUCAUAGCCAUUGGAUUGUAUCUUGUGGUGUGGGGUAAGUACAAAGAUCAGUAUUCUUCAUCAGUAGUACUAGCUGAACUGCCAACCACGGCGAUCGCGAGUAACGGAGAGAAGAAGAAUAAUGACAAUGAAUUAGCCACCAUUGUUUUGGCCAAAACAAAAGUGACUACAACAACAACAACAACCCCCAGGAACCCUCUUCAACUGGGAUACACAGAUGCCGAUAUGGUAGGUGACAUCAACUCAAGGAAGUCCACAUCAGGAUACCUCUUUACGUUUGCUGGGGGAGCAGUGUCAUGGCAAUCCAAGUUACAGAAAUGUGUGGCCUUAUCAACCACAGAAACUGAGUACAUAUCUAUUGUAGAAGCUUGUAAGGAGAUGUUAUGGAUGAAGUGGUUCACUCAAGAACUAGGUAUGAAGCAAGACAAGUACGUUGUUCAUUGCGACAAUCAAAGUGCUAUCCACAUAAGUAAGAAUCCAAGUUUCCAUUGCAAGGCCAAGUACAUCAAUGUAAAGUAUCACUGGAUACAAGAUGCACUAGAGCAGAGACUUUUGUAG